AUGGCCCGCACCAAGCAGACCGCUCGUAAAUCAACUGGUGGAAAGGCUCCACGAAAACAACUGGCUACUAAAGCUGCUCGUAAGAGUGCCCCAGCUACCGGUGGAGUGAAGAAACCUCAUCGCUACAGGCCGGGAACUGUUGCUCUUCGUGAAAUUCGAAGAUAUCAGAAGAGCACUGAACUCCUCAUCAGAAAAUUACCAUUCCAACGUUUGGUUCGUGAAAUCGCUCAAGAUUUCAAAACGGAUUUGAGGUUCCAGAGCUCUGCUGUCAUGGCCUUGCAAGAAGCUAGUGAGGCUUACCUCGUUGGUCUCUUUGAAGAUACCAACUUGUGCGCAAUCCAUGCUAAGCGCACCGCUCGUAAAUCAACUGGUGGAAAGGCUCCACGAAAACAACUGGCUACUAAAGCUGCUCGUAAGAGUGCCCCAGCUACCGGUGGAGUGAAGAAACCUCAUCGCUACAGGCCGGGAACUGUUGCUCUUCGUGAAAUUCGAAGAUAUCAGAAGAGCACUGAACUCCUCAUCAGAAAAUUACCAUUCCAACGUUUGGUUCGUGAAAUCGCUCAAGAUUUCAAGACUGAUCUGAGGUUCCAAAGCUCCGCUGUCAUGGCCUUGCAAGAAGCUAGUGAAGCUUAUCUUGUUGGUCUUUUUGAAGAUACCAACUUAUGCGCAAUCCAUGCUAAGCGC